CUUUAUAUGCUAGUUGCCUGGCUGGGAAUUUGGUGGAACAACUAUGGAAUUUUGCCUCGCCUGCUGCUAUUGCAUUGAUUCAUCCUAGUCUUCUUCCUGUAGCACUAAUGGCUUUCGUUGCUAAGCUUGCUGUAAUUGGUGGAGGUCCUCUGGUUGGCAAGCUUAUGGAUCACUUUCCGAGGGUACCUGCAUAUAAUUGUCUAUCUAUAGUCCAGACAGCUGCCCAGUUGGUGUCUGUUGGAAUGAUUAUACAUGGUCACACUCUUCAUCCAACAUCUGCAUCAUCUUUACUUUUCCGUCCUUGGUUUGUUGUGCUUGUUCUAGCGGGAGCUGUUGAGAGGCUAUCUGGGUUGGCAUUGGGGGUCGCAGUGGAGCGUGAUUGGGUUGUUUUGUUAGCUGGAACUAAUCGCCCAGUUGCUCUUGCUCAAGCAAAUGCUAUUCUAAGCCGUAUUGACCUCUUAUGCGAGAUUGCUGGAGCGGCAUUGUUUGGCAUUCUUCUGUCUAAAUAUGAACCAGUUGUAUGCUUAAAAAUUGCUGCCGGUUUGAUGAUUGGGGCACUUCCUGUUUUGGUAUCUCUGACAUGGCUAACCAACAAGCUUUCUUCUGGGGUUCUCAACCGUGCUGUGCAAACUUGUUGCAGUUGUUCCUCCGAGCGGUCUUUACUAGAAUCUGAAAAUAUAGUGAGAGUGGGUCUGGAAGCUAUAAAGCAUGGAUGGUUUGAAUAUGUCAAACAACCUGUUCUUCCAGCAAGCAUAGCCUAUGUGCUUUUAUACUUCAAUGUUGUUCUUGCACCUGGUGGUUUAAUGACAGCGUUCUUAACACAGCAAGGUUUAAAUCCAUCUAUUAUCGGGUGCUUCAGUGGAAUAUGUGCUUUUAUGGGCGUCGCGGCAACAUUUGUCUCCGCAAAGAUGGUCAAGCACCUUGGCAUCUUAAGGGCUGGAGCUGCUGGCCUAAUAUUCCAGGCUUCGCUUCUGACCACAGCUGUCGCUGUCUACUGGAGUGGAUCUCUUUCUCAGCAGACUCCCGUUUUCUUUUUCUUGGCUUUAGUUGUAUUGUCAAGACUGGGACACAUGUCCUAUGAUGUCAUUGGGCAACAGAUUCUACAAACUGGAAUACCUGCAUCUAAGGCUAAUCUUAUCGGAACAACCGAGGUUGCUGUUGCAAGUUUAGCAGAAUCAAUCAUGUUAGGAGUUGCAAUAAUUGUUAAUGAUGUCUCACAUUUUGGAUUUCUAGCGACACUUUCCCUUGUAUCAGUAGUUGGGGCAGCAUGUCUAUACUGUAGAUGGUUGGAAAAUCCGACAGAUACACAAAGGACUCUUUUCUCUUUUCGCCCUCAUUUUUGAAAUGCCAAAAGUAAGUAUUAAGUAGUUGUAAAUUCUUCUGUAGCAUGGUUUUAGUCAUCAUAUUGAAAGUUGUACAUCCCAAUUGAACUGCAUCCAGUAUGCCUUUUAUAAAUAGUUAUUACUAUAUCAGCUAACAUUCAUUUUAUAUAAAAGUUGAGAAGUACUCAUUUAAAGUGAA